GUGCCUCUCCUAUGUGUAGCCAUGCAUUGGGGUGAAGCCGCAUAAAAGCGUUUUCCAUAAUGCGGGCGUGAGGUGCGGAGGGGUAAACUGAGGAGAUCCAGGGGGAGGACAGCGGCGUGUUACCGGCUUCACACCGAGCCUGUCCGCCAGGCACCGGAGAGAAUAAAAUGUCGAACCGAAAGCACCGGGACAACCAGGAGAUCUGCGCCCGCAAGGUCCGGGAGCUGGCUCAGUCUGGAGUAAACAAACACUGCUUCGAGUGCAACCAGCCCGGGGUGACUUACACCGACAUCACGGUGGGCAGCUUCGUCUGCACGUCGUGCUCAGGAAUGCUGAGAGGCCUCAACCCUCCCCAUAGAGUCAAGUCUAUCUCCAUGACAACCUUCUCCCAACAGGAAGUGGAAUUCCUGCAGAACCAUGGCAACGAGGUUGGGAGGAGAACUUGGCUGUGUGUGUUUGACCCAAAGACGGACGGCUGCUCUGACAUGAAGGACUCUCAGAAGUUCAAAGAGUUCCUCCAGGACAAAUACGAGAAGAAAAAAUGGCAUUUUUCCAAAAGCAAGAACCGGAGGGAUGUGGAGGGUCCUUGGAGUCCGGGGGUCCAGGCCGUGCCCCCUUCCCAUGGUCCCUUAGCGAGCCAGACGGCCACCCAUAACAUGCCCCCCAAUGCCAGAUCCACAAGGCCGCUGUCUCAGUCCCAGCUGCCGCCAUGGGACCGAGCGCCUGCGAUCUCGCCUGCCGACAUGCGGACGGACGUGUUCACCGCUCGGCCAUCGCGCUCCCAAAGCUUCAGAGACCCCCCACUGAAAGAUCCCACCUUGUGUGGGAUAGAAAGACAGCGUCCAGGCUCCUUGUCGUCAGCGCUGGGAGCACAGAGCCACGCCCCCUCCUUCCCCGCCCUCCCACGACCAUCAGCCAGUAGCUCUUUCAAAAACCACUUCACUUUAGGUCGCACUGUAUCGGCCUCAGGGGCCACGGGGCCCUUCAGGGCCUUCCCCAAGUCUCUCAGCGUGGACUUUGGAGGUCUGAACCAUCCUCAGCCACAGCCUCUGCCCCAGUCUCUGUCCCAGCAGCAGCAGUCUGCCAGUGUCGGCCAGACGACACCACCGGUCAGCAGCUCCAACGCCCAGGACAGGUACGCUGCUGUGUCACAGCUGGACAGCGUCUUCUCUGACACAUCGUCGGCCACAGCUCCACCUAGUGGUCCUCCGCAGUACAGCGCCAUCUUCGGCAGCAGGCUUUCAUCCAGCUCUACUCCUGCCAGUUCCCCCGGUGUCGAUACAGUCUCCAGCUCCCAGACCUUUGCAAAUUUCCCCAACCCAUUCAGCUCCAGCUCCAGCUCUGCUUCCCAGCAGCCUGUUGCCCUCUCCCCCAGUAACCCCUUCAGCAACGCCUCAGGAGGUGACUCUGGUGCGUUUGUCACCUCGCCCACAUCUGUUUUCCCUCCGUCCGCCUCCUUCCCAGCACCUGCCACCCAGAAUGCAUUUCCUCAUGAGUCAACCAGUAACCCGGAAGCCAACGGUUUUGCCUCCUUCCCUGCGUCCGACUCUCAGCCCAAAGUCCCUCGGCCGAUGUCGGUGAACCCAUUUACUGGGAAUGUUUACCCCAGUCGAGGGACGUCACGAAAUCCUUUCAUCUGAUCCCCUCCCUCCUUACUUCACCCACCCAUCCGUCUCUGGGAACCGAGGGAGAAGUGAACUUGAGGAGUCGCUGCCAUUUCAAUGCCUCUGGAGUAUUUUCACCCUCUGAGGGGGGAGUUAGCGCCAUGCAGGACCCUCCCCACCCUUCUCUCCCCUUUCUGUCUGUGUUUACGUGUUUGUGGAGGAAAAAAAAAUGUGUGAAUGUAAUUAUGAAACUCAUGUAUGUAUGAGAGUGUUGGCUUGCUGUGUUUGUACCACAAGACAAAUGUCAGAAGGUGUUUGUGUGCCAGUAGACGCCAACCUCAGGGCUCUGUGGGAGUCACGAGUAAACGACGCCUCUAUGAUUUUUGCAGAAACACACACAUAUAUUACACACAUGUUGCUGCUGCUGCUACUUUGCUUUCAUCUCCUGCCAAAAAAAAAAAAAAAGUGCAGAAAACCAGCCCGCCGGUAAACAUGUCACUGUCGUCUCCUGCUUUAAAAAGGUUUGAGUCUCUCAGUUGUCCAAAGGGAAAGCCAGGUGAGACUCUGACCCUGCAUCAUGAGUUUCUACAGAUGGUUAUAACCGCCUUAACAGCCUCCUGAUGCAUGUGAAAAGAUAAGACGGGCUUUUCUCUGUAAUGGGUGUAUGGAACACGUCUGCAUUCGUCACUGUUUCUUGUCAGAUUUCCUUUGGAGGAUAAUCUAUGUUUUCCACUCUCAGGCUGCAUGCGCUUAGAGGGCUAAAAGGAGAUGAUACUGAAUGUAAUAAGAAUAACUUACGUAAAUGUGUACGAUAACUUCAUCGCUUCAUGUACCGGACCAAAAUGUUCUCUCGCAGUUUUUUUUUUUUUUUUUGGGUUGACGUGGAAAUUUUUAUUUCCCUUACUUUGCCAAAAAAAAAAAAAAAAAGAAAAAAUACAAGAGAUUCAUGUAACAAUGUCUUUGUAAUGACAAGUAUUCAUGUUCAUAAAAUCAGUUUGUUGCUUCUUAACACA